CCACUCCGGGACCUUCGAAGGACCUAAUAGGUGCUAAAUCCUCCAAACAGUCCGAACGAUGAAGAUUGUACAGGUUGGCGCCUUCGCCGCGACAGUGGCAUCCCUUGCGACGUUCACGUAUGGCUACUCGUUUUCCGAUGUUUCCACGACGGUCAAUACCGAGAAAGAGAGCACUGGCUUGACUGCCAAUGAGGAGAACCGCAUUUACGAGGGUUCAGAUGCAAACAUCGACAAGUUCCCGUUCCUCGCUAGUCUGCGUGAUUCUUUCUUUGACGAGACCUUCUGUGCCGGUACGCUCAUCGCCCCCCAGUACAUUCUUACGGCUGGUCAUUGCAUUAGGACUAGCGAGAUGGACAUUGUCGCCACUUUUGGUACGAACGACAGCACUGGUUCUGGCUCCGGUGAAGCCACCUCGAUACCCGUCAUUAAAGGUUUCCGCCACCCGUUGUACAAGAAGAAGGAGCACUUGUACGAUGUGGGUUUGCUUAAACUCAAAAAGCCGAUUAAGCGCAAAACGGCAAAGCUGUGCGCAGCAGACGGAUCCAGCAACAAGGUCGGUACCCUUGGUACUGUUCUAGGAUGGGGCAAGACCGAGACCAGCGGCGAGCUGGGCAGCCCUAUCCUGCAGCAGCUCACGCUUCCUGUCAUCUCGAACGCGGAGUGUGGCAAAUUUAAGAAGUACGUUGGCCGUGUCACGGAAGUGCGGUGA